UUGCUGUGCUGACUACGUAUAUAGUUUGACAUCAGCCGCCAGGAAACACUCCAGAUUUGCAUGAGACCUGCUUGCUACUGGUCUUGUCGCUUGUCGUGAAGCUUCUACUUUUAUCCCGCAUAUGACAGACUGAACGCUCUUGUGCUGACCCCUCAAAGAGUGCAAUCCGGAUCAAUCCCGUGGCAGUCCAGGCGACUGACUAUAAGGCACAUCCAACCCCCGGCACUUACCAGCAGCAGGGACAACAGCAACCAUGGACAAGAUCCGCAAGGUCGUGUUUGACCCCCUCGCGACAUCCAAGGAGCAGAUCCGGCAGAUCCUCUUGGGGUUCCCCGUCGGCACGGCACACCCGUUCAGCGCGGACAAGAUCCUGCUAUGCAGGACGACGGAGACUGACGUCGAGGAGAUUGAUGUCUCGACGUUCCCAGAGGACUACUUCUACAAUGCCGUCGACCUCGGCGAGAUGGGCGAGGUUCUGCUCCAGAGAAUGGCCGGGUGGCCGGAGCUAGGAGUGUUCAGCGAGUACCAGAUCAUCCAGGCCCCAGCCUCAACCUUCACAGUGCCCAUUGUGGAAGGCCAGAUGAGCAUCCUCGCCGUGUCUGAGCGCAAGCCGACGUACUACGACCUGUGCCUGGCGGACCCGGCGACCAGCCGGACGAGCUGCUAUUCCUCAAAGAACACGCUCAAAGGGGUGACGCACAGCGGCGACCGGAAUCACGGGGCGAAUCUCUUGCAGCACAUUGUGCUUUGGCGCCCUGAAGGCGCGGACGAUCUCGAGCUGUGUGUGUUCAUCUCGGGGUUCCAGUAUACCAAGAUCACGAGGUUCUUGGGGACGCACCCGGCGCUGAUGGUGGCUGAUCAUGAUGCGAAAAUGCUCUACCUCAUUCCCGUCCCCCUGGACUCGGCAACCAUCGGGGACGCCACCAUCUGCUGCCCCCUGGUCAUCAGGCGCCGUGGCAACGAGCUCGUGUGCUCGAUCCUGCAGAAAGCGACGACCGACAACGACAAGAUGUGCUCGGGGUCGUCGCUGAAGAGUCCCUGCUUCGCCGAGGCGCUGGAGCGGGCAGUGUUUGAGGUCGAGGCAGCUGCUGAUCCCACGUCGACAGAUGAGGCCGCUGAGGACCAGAGCAGAGCAGACGAGACCACAGCCAAAGCCGCGCUCCCUUCAGACAACGGCACCGAGAACCUCACCAGUGCGAUCCUGUCCAAGUCCACGGCCAUCAUCGCCACGACAGGCACCCCAGUCCCUGCCGCCCUCCUGUCGGACUCGACGCAACUCAUCCGUUUCGGAACCGGCCUUGAGUUCGAGCUUGAUGAUGCGGCCGCCUCCCCGUCCACCACAUCAUCAGAAGUAGUCCUCCCCUGCGUCUUCGGCACACAGCUCGAGGGCCCCGUGCUCCUCGCGACAGGCACACUCCCACGCAACACGCAGCCCCUGUUCCCAGACUCGCCGUCACUGCGGAAAUACUACUCCUCCCUGAGCCAGGUGGUCGUGGUCGUGGACGAGCGGAUGACGGACAACGCGCGCACCCUGGCCGGCCCCUGGCGCAUCAACGCGCUGUUCAUCGUGCAGUCCGCCCCGGCUAGAGGGGCGGCGAAGCAGCAGCAGAAGCAGCCUCAGAACGCGGACGAGGUCAUCGAGAUGCUCAACGGCACCAACAUCAACGCCGUCACCGCGCUCGCGGGCCCGCAGUCCCUCGUGCUCGUCCGGCUGGCCGGGAGGUACUACUUCUACCGCGGCCUGGGCAACCCGGAGCACUUUGACACGGCCAAGCUGGCGUUUGGCGACGACGUCACGCAGGCCGUGACGCCACUGCUGGAGCAGCUCGCGGCCGCCAGCAAGAACGACAACAAUGACAACAACAAAAGCGACGGCGAUGAGCAACGUGUCUCGCUGGUACAUCCCCUCGCGCCACGGAUCCUGGACACCUCUGACCCGUCGACCUUGCCCAUCAUCCUGCCCCGUGCCGGCAAGACGAUCCACGCGUCGGAUCUCGAGCCGCUCUUCGCCGACGCGUCGAUGGACGACAUCCGCGCCCUCCAGGAGGACAUUGCGUCGGCGGUGCCCCAGCUGCAGCUGAUCCUGGGCCAGAAGGAGCUGCAGGCCCUCGGCGCAUCGCUCGUAGCCACUCUGUCCGCCAAGAUCAACACCAUCGUAGCACCCCUGAGGACCGCAUAUCUCGAGUUCCUGCGGGACGAGCAAAAGGGCCAGAGCGACGAGUCGUCGCGGCGGGAGCGGCAGCAGAAGAAGGCCGCAAUGCUGGGAAAGCUCAAGAAGGAGACGCUGGAGCGGCAGAAGGUGCUGGGCCCCGCCAUCUCGGCGUUUGCGAGCAUGGUCUCGGCCCGGACGACGAGCAAGCGCACGCACGACCUCAAGCGGCUCGUCCGGCAGUCGCAGAUCCAGGGCAACGUCAAGGCCACCGAGUCCAUGACGUUUGAGACGCUGGCCGAGCUUCUCGAGACGCACGCGUCCGAGAUGGGCGUCAUGCUGGUCAACAUUGAGGAGGACGAGUAUCGCGAGCUGUUGGGCACGCUCAAGGAUGCCAAGCGUGUUGAUGCAAGCGCAUCCUGCAACCUCGACUCUCGCGUGCUGCACCUCGACGGCUUCGACGCCGGCAUCCUCAUCGAGCAGUCCCAGAAUGACCACAAGGGGCCGCUGCAGCGCCUCUCGACCAGCGUCACGGCCACCCGUCCGACCAUGGCCCUGCCAUUCCUCAACCAGGAGCACGGCGACGACGGCUCCAUGCUCGCCUGGGCAUGCUGGGACGAGUUUGUCAACCUCGACAGCCCGUACACUACCCGCUGGCUCGACAAGUGCAACGAGCCACACAUCGCGGCCCUUCGCAUCAUCACGCGUGAGACCUUGGGCGAAGCCAUGAUCUCACGCGACCACAACUAUGGAUCAGGGAGCUCCGAGAUAGGGACUCUGAUGAGCGCCCUGCUCAUGGCGUCCAUGGCCAAGCUGGCGGCCAUGAGGACCACUGCCCCAACCGUCGUGGACAAGGCAGAGGACACAGUCACCAGGCUCAUGAGGGGUCUGUUCGGCAACCUGCUGACCAUUGCCGGUUCCGGGCUUAAGCCAAUGAGCAUGGUCUGGCAGCUGUUCGGCCUGAACCCGCAGUACGACGUGCCCAGCGGCGAGGCCGAGUGGGCCUGGUACGAGACCGUGACGGCUCUGUAUCCUUUCACGGGCUGGCCGCUGCCACAAUUCCACGGGAAUUUGGAAAAGCUUCUAGACAAGGUUGUGUUGCGAGUGAUCACGAAGAACGAGGAUACGGCAGGGCUCAAGCAGAACCGUCUCGAGGAGUUUGUCCAGUGCUGCAAGCUGCGCAACGUCCAGCUGGCACACUCCCGCACAAUCGUCACGGUCUUGAUGCGCCACAUGAUGGCCACAACAAAGGACGAUGCCAGCAGAGAUGAGACACAAAACCUGCCAGCUAUUGCUGAACGCCUUCUGAACCAUGUCCCCCAGAGUCUCGCGCAGCAGAGCGGCAGCUACCACAGAAUGAUUUCCUACCUCAAACACCUUGCCGAGGGAAAUCCCCGGAACAAGCAUGGCGACCUUAUUCUGGCCGGAGUGUACAGCAAGCGCUCUGCCGCGUUUGCGGACCUCAAGCUCGAGAUUGCCAAGGCGUGCAAAGCCAAAGACUGGCAGCAGGCUCGCCAUGCAGUCAAGGAGCUCAUGGACAAGCAUGGCGACAUCGCAGCCAUGUGGGGAUUGGAUGCAAACGAGAUGCCCCUGCAGAAUCGCCAGGCAUACAAAGACCUUCUGGCUGACAGCAAGGAACCAGACCGGGACCUUUACACCCGAGUCGUGAGCGACGCCGAGAGAAAGCGGCAGCCGUGGCAGGUUGGGAAGAAGGGCCAGUUCGGAGAUGACCUUGUGCCGCUCGACGAAUCCCUCGUGCACAAACUAUUGACUGGGCAACAAAUUGAGGCUAUCACCACAGAGCCCGAUGGCCCGCCAGGCAGCAUCGAUACGGCGUCUACAAGUGCGGUUGAGGGGAAGCCGAAGACUGUGGAGGAGGAGUUUGCGGAGCUUGAGUCUGCCAUGGUUCCGGCCUUCCUCAAAGCGAUGCAGAAACCCAUGACGGCGGAGGAUGUGUGCCACAUGCUGGCCGUUCCCGUCUCCACAAUGCGCGUAAUCAUUCAGACGCUCGCUCCAGAACAACCAGAACUUGUGUGGGAGGAGUUGCCACUCAACUAUAAAAGGGUCAUGUUGAGCCUGGUCAAGGACCGCUCAAGCCGUUCAGAGAGUCGUCCAACGAGGAGACUGUUGCAGAUUGGGUCGGGAAAGCAGCGUGCGCUGUCCGGGAAGUAGGUAAUGGCUGCGCUCGAUGGCCGAGAUGGGGGCCAGCGUUCUGUACUCCGCUGUGUAACUUUUGUAACCUGGCAAAUUCCACCUUGACAUGAAACUCCGCC